CUUCGAUGGGCUUUUGAGGUGGUACUUGUGCUGUAGAUAGAGUAAGGUUUCUGAUCAUUUUCGUGAUUUUUAUUGUUCUCUCAAGUUAAUAAGUGACUUGCAGUUACAGCGUGAUUGCGAUAUUGUUCUAAUUGUGAGUUUUAAAUAGUACGGUAUCAUUUUUACGAAGUGAUAUUUAACCUCGUCACGCGCUUCUCGUUGCAUGUGUGCACCAGACUGCCAGCUGAGCGCAAACGCCAUGUUUAUAGUUCCAUGGCGGCAAGAUACUCUAUGGUAACGUCAGCUGUGAUCAGCUGAGGUUGAGGGCGUUUGAGCUGUACGGGAAAGCCAACUUUCGUGUUUAUAUAAUUUUGCAUCGCAGCUUUGUGCGUUGAAUUCUUCGGAUAUUUACUACAUGGGAAAAGAACCAAUGCGAAGAUUAUCCUGGUAAGAGUUGUUGUCUUUCCUGUCAAGAUAUUUCUUGUAACUUCAGAAUAUACAAAACAACAGUGGUUCUCUACAGACUUUCCAGAGCGAUAACAUUUCUAAAGCAUGGGCAACGUUCAAUCUUUGGUGAAAUAUCGAAAAUUACCGAAAUAUUGUGUUUAGGGAUCUUUCGAACAUUAAUUUGCAUAUUCCGAAAGCUAAGGACGGUGUAAUACAAUUUUGGAAGUAAUAUAAUGUGCUGAAUUCAAUAUUAAGUCAUUGUUUUAUGUUGUCCUGGAGGUAUUUACGUCAGGACUUAUUCCGCAGUAUUUUGCUUUGAGUAGUUGUUUGCCUGAGAACGCCAGCCAAUACAGCAUGGCGAUGUUUUGAGUAGGAUCAAUAAAGUUUCGGUGAAGCCAAAGCAGACGUUCAUCUAGGGGGUGGGGUAGCAGGUUGAGGUUAGUGGCACAACUUGUUUUGUAUAUUAUCAGUGAAAGAAAAACAACAACAACAACAACAAAAACGUUUAAAAGUGAUUUAAAUCUGGUGAUUGAAGUCACUUUCCACAUUUGAUUUCAAAUGUAAGGAGUGGUACUUCAUUUAACAUCUAGUAAGUAAUACGACUUAUGCGUGUCCUCCUAAUAUUCCAUGGUUAUUUUUUGUGGUAAAGGAGUAACACUCAAGGGGACGUAAGGGCACAUGGAAGCCCCCGACAACCUGGUGCUCGUGGCCCACCAGGCUGGUGACUGGACUAAGAAUGAGCAACAAUUACUUUAUCAUGACUCGGAUCGAAUGAAACGAGACCAGUCCUCAAUGUACGGACGACUUGUCACUCAAGACCAGCUGGUUGCUAUGGGAACGGGGACUCAGAGUUCGAGUCAGAAUGACCUCGUGUCUCUACAGGGCCGAAUACCUUACAAAAGCAGAGACCCAACAACUGCUCCUCUACGAAAACUUAGCAUUGACCUAAUUAAAACUUAUAAGCAGAUAAAUGAGGUCUACUAUGCGAAGAAAAAAAGACGAGCACAGCAAAUACAAGGUCAGGAUACUAGCCACAAAAAGGAGCGUAAGCUGUGCAAUGAUGGAUAUGAUGAUGAAAACCAUGAUUAUAUUAUUACUCAUGGAGAGAAAGUUGUGGAUCGCUAUGAAAUUGAUUGCCUUAUUGGAAAAGGUUCAUUUGGUCAGGUGGUUAAAGCUUAUGAUAUUGAGGAAGAGUGUCAUGUGGCCAUUAAAAUUAUCAAGAACAAGAAGCCAUUUCUUAAUCAAGCUCAGAUUGAAGUUAACCUCUUAGAGAUGAUGAACAACUAUGAAGGCAGAGGGAGUUACUGUCAGAUGGGGAAAGAUAAAAUAGUGAAACUCAAAGAUAAUUUCAUGUGGCGGAAUCAUCUAUGUUUGGUUUUUCCACUUCUCUCCUACAACCUGUAUGACCUCCUGAGGAACACAAGUUUUCAUGGGGUGUCGCUAAACCUCACUCGUAAGUUUGCCCAGCAGUUGUGCACAGCUCUAGUGUUUCUCUCCAAUGCUGAUCUCAACAUCAUCCAUUGUGACCUGAAACCUGAAAACAUCCUCCUGUGUAAUCCUAAACGUAGUGCCAUCAAAAUAAUUGAUUUUGGCAGCUCAUGUCAACUGGGACAACGGAUUUAUCAGUACAUCCAAAGUAGGUUUUACCGAUCACCAGAGGUCCUUCUUGGUAUACCCUAUGACAUGGCCAUUGACAUGUGGAGCCUGGGUUGCAUCUUAGUAGAACUGCAUACAGGAGAGCCUCUGUUUAGUGGAGCUAAUGAGGUUAGUUUAUAUUAGCUAUACUAUUGGAGCUGGCCUGGCAUGGCCCGGU